CCGUGGGAGGACGUGUAGGUGAUAUUGAUCGUGUUUGUGUUUAAGGUGGUCCGUGGGAGGACGUGUAGGUGAUAUUGAUCGUGUUUGUGUUUAAGGUGGUCCGUGGGAGGACGUGUAGGUGAUAUUGAUCGUGUUUGUGUUUAAGGUGGUCCGUGGGAGGACGUGUAGGUGAUAUUGAUCGUGUUUGUGUUUAAGGUGGUCCGUGGGAGGACGUGUAGGUGAUAUUGAUCGUGUUUGUGUUUAAGGUGGUCCGUGGGAGGACGUGUAGGUGAUAUUGAUCGUGUUUGUGUUUAAGGUGGUCCGUGGGAGGAUGUGUAGGUAGUGCUCUUGGAAACCCCGGGGGACGCCAUGUCAGAAGAGGCGAUCUCAGAGAGUGACCUGGAGCCCAGUCUCAACAGUGAACAGGAGGAGGAUGAUGAGGAGAUGGGAGAGGAAGCUGACGGAGAGAAUGACGCUGACGAUGACGACGACGACGACGACGACGAUGACGACGACGAUGAUGAUGAUGCAGCAGACCAACUUGAGGGAAUGGAGAUGGGCGAACAGGUGGAGCGACCAAGCCCCACCCCUUCCUCGUCCCAGUCCAGUGACUCCGCCCCCUCCACACCCCACCAGCCCUCCUCCAGACCGCCCUCCAGGCCACUGUCCCAGCCCUCGUCCAGGUCCACCUCAAGACCUUCAACACCCCAUGGGUCUCAGGGUCAGUCUGCCGCCGGGUCCAGCCCCGAGGGUGGCAGCAACACCAAGAGGAGGUCCAAGAAGAAGAAAGAAGAGGAAAAGAAGAAGAAAAGCUCAAAGCCCGCCAAACCCGCUCACCUGAGGAGGAACAUCAGGAAACUGCUGAAGAAACAUCAGCUGGAGCCGGGGACUAAAGCCGCCCAGCAGGAGGAGCUGGAGAGGAGAAAACGAUUGGAGCAGCAGCGCAAGGACUAUCCAUUACCUGCAGUGGACAUCCCCCCCUUGGCAGCUGUCGUUAAGGGUGAAGUGAUCUGUCUGGACAGUAGUGGAGAUGAGGGAGAUACCAGAGAAGUCGCGCCACCUCCAAAACCAACACCCAGAGAUGAUGUGAUUGAGCUGAGCUCAGGUGAUGAAGACACACUGCCCAUCAGCAGUGAUGAUGACGACGCGCGAUCAGGAACGCCCGGUACAGAGGAGAGCAGCGGCUCGCACGUCGACGACACCCAGAAUCAACCGGACCCUCAGGGCAGAGUGCUGGUCAACAUUAAUCACCCCGCCGAGGAGGACGACCUGUUCCUCGCCCCGCAGCUCGCACGCGCCGUCAAACCUCACCAGAUCGGCGGGAUCCGUUUCCUGUAUGAUAACCUGGUGGAGUCUCUGGAGCGCUACAAGACCAGCAGCGGGUUCGGCUGCAUCCUGGCCCACAGUAUGGGUCUGGGCAAAACUCUGCAGGUCAUCUCGUUCAUAGACAUCCUGCUGCGGCACACAGGAGCCAAAACCGUGCUCGCCAUCGUCCCUGUGAACACUUUGCAAAACUGGUUAGCAGAGUUUAAUCUGUGGUUGCCUUCGGCUGAGUCCAUUCCUCCAGACACCGACCCGGCCCAGAUUUCCCCCCGAACCUUUAAAGUGCACAUCCUCAAUGACGAGCACAAGACGACGGCAGCCCGGGCGAAGGUGGUGGACGAGUGGACGAGUGCCGGCGGGGUUCUGUUGAUGGGAUACGAGAUGUAUCGUCUCCUCUCCCUCAAAAAGAGCUUCGUGACCGGUCGCAAGAGAAAGUCAAAAAAGCCUGCUGUACCGGUCAUCAUCGAUCUGGACGAAGAGGACAGACAGCAGGAGCUCAUGAAAGGGAUUGAGAAGGCUCUGUCGCGGCCAGGUCCAGACGUGGUGAUUUGUGACGAGGGUCACCGCAUUAAAAACUGCCACGCCAGCACAUCUCAGGCCCUGAAGAACAUCCGCUCGCGGCGCCGCGUGGUGCUGACCGGCUAUCCGCUUCAGAAUAACCUGACCGAGUACUGGUGCAUGGUGGACUUCGUGCGGCCCAACUUCCUCGGCACGCGGCAGGAGUUCAGCAACAUGUUCGAGCGUCCGAUCCUGAACGGUCAGUGUAUCGACAGCACGCCGCAGGACGUCCGGCUCAUGAGGUACCGCAGCCACGUCCUGCACAGCCUGCUGGAGGGCUUCGUACAGAGGCGUGGUCAUGACGUGUUGCGGACGCAUCUUCCCACUAAAGAGGAGCACGUAAUCCUGGUGCGUCUGUCUCCCCUGCAGAGGGCGCUCUAUAAAGAGUUCAUGAACCGCUUCCGCGAGGCGGGGAACAGUGGCUGGCUGGGCCUGAACCCCCUGAAAGCCUUCUGUGUCUGCUGCAAGAUUUGGAACCAUCCAGACGUUCUCUAUGAAGCCCUGCAGAAGGAGAAUCUGGCCAAUGAGCAGGACCUCGACCUGGACGACCUGAACUCCACCUCAGCAACCCGCUGCACCGCCCCAGGCUUAAAAAACAAAAACUCUGACCCGGCGAACAGUAAAGGGGGGCUGCCCGGAAUGGCCCUUGCGCCUCUACAGGAACGGGCUAACCAGGUCAUCACCUAUGAAUGGGCUAAGGACAUCAUGAGUGGCUAUCAGACUGGCGUUCUGGAAAACUCCGCUAAGAUGGUUCUGCUUUUCCACCUGAUUGACGAGAGCGUCAGCAAAGGAGAUAAAAUCCUCGUCUUCAGUCAGAGUCUGUCCACCCUGACGGUCAUCGAGGACUUCCUGUGUCAGAGGCCGAUGCCCAUCAAAACGGGGGAGCAGAGUCAGAACUGGGUCCGCAGCAUCAACUACUACAGAUUAGAUGGGAGCACCUCUGCCUCGGAGAGAGAGAGGCUCAUUAAUCAGUUUAACGAUCCUGCCAACACCACAGCCUGGGUCUUCCUGCUGUCCACCAGGGCGGGGUGUUUAGGGGUGAACCUGAUCGGGGCGAACCGGGUGGUCGUGUUUGACGCUUCGUGGAACCCGUGUCACGACGCGCAGGCCGUGUGUCGCGUGUAUCGUUACGGACAGCGCAAACCCUGCUACAUCUACAGACUGGUCUGUGACUUCACGCUCGAGAAGAAGAUCUACGACCGGCAGGUCUCCAAGCAGGGCAUGUCUGACCGCGUGGUGGACGAUCUGAACCCCGUUCUGACCUUCACCCGGAAGGAGGUGGAGUCUCUGCUGCACUUUGUGGAGGAGGAGCCUGAUAAGAACCAAUCAGAAUCACUGCCUAAUGAGGAGGUGGAGGGGGUCAUCAGAGAGGCCUGUCUGCGCUAUCCUCACCUCAUCACCAAGCAACCCUUCCACCACGAGUCUUUGCUGAUGGACCGUAAGGAUCUGAAACUGACCAAAGCAGAGAAGAAAGCUGCUAAGAAGAGUUACGAGGAUGAGAAGAGAGCAUCGGUGCCCUACCAGCGGCCGAGCUACGCCCACUAUUACCCCGCCACUGACCAGACGCUGUCCAACAUCCCAGCCUUCAGCCAGAGGAACUGGCGUCCGACGGGUCGGUUGGAUGAGAAGCCUAUUGCGAGCGUGAGGCCGGUUCAGUCCACUCCCAUUCCCAUGAUGCCCCGCCAGGUGGGCAUAGGCCACGCCUCUGGCUCCACCUUCCCCGUCAACUACUUGCAGAAGGCUGGAGUUUACGUUCAGCGUAUCAUCACCACCACAGAUAUCGUGAUCCCGGGCACAAACAGCUCUACAGAUGUGCAAGCGAGAAUCGGUGCUGGGGAGAGUCUUCAUGUUAUCAAAGGAUCGAAAGGUACGUAUAUCAGGACCAACGAUGGGAGGAUCUUUGCUAUCCGUUCUGGAAAGAUGCGGGCCAGUGAUGGAGCAGCACCAAGAGACACCGGUUCUCUCCUGCGUUCCGUCAGUAAUGGUAGAGCAUCUCCGUCGGAACCAAAGCGUUUAAGUCCAGACUCUGUUCAGCAAGUGUCUCCCUCAAACAGUCCGGACCUGCUGAGGGAGCUGCGCCGCUAUACCAGCGAGAGCGAUGCGGUUGCCGUGGGAGACAACAGUCUGUUGCCCCUGGAGACGGUGGUACCUUCAGGUCCAGAUCGGCCAGCCCAGCACAGCCGCUCUUUAGAAGGCCAGGCCAGGCAACUGAACGAUGAUCUCAUUGGCGGCUCUGGCUCCACCCCCACCCUGGACCUCCAAAGCUUGAAGAGGAAACUAAUGGCAGACAACAGGGGCUCCAAACGGACCUCGGCAGCAACUGGAACCCCUGGUAGUUACCCGGGAUUCCCUCUGAGCAGCAGCUUCACGAUGCCAUCGAUGGGGCUUCAUCCGGCCCUGUUGGGCGCUUUGGGUCACAUGACCCCUCCCAUUCUGGGCGGGGCCGGCCGGUCUCAUUUCUUGCCCCAAACGGGGCAGACGCUGGCUGAUUUGCAUACUAUGUUCCCCACUGACACGUUAGGCUCCUCCCAUUCUUCCACGACCACCACAACUACCAUCGCCUCUUCCUCCUCUGCACCUUCGUCGUCGUCAUCGUCGGCAUCUUCCUCCCUCCCUCCUUUCCUCUUCAACCCCAGUAUGGCGAGCAUGCUGUCCGGCUUUUCAAUGCCGUACGGUCAGUCUCUUCUCCCAGACUCUUCUAGAAUAUUCUCCAACUCUUCCCUCCUCCCAGGGGGCGCUCCGUCUUCAGCCCCGACCGGCUCUGCUGCUGCCGCCGCCACCAUGCCCAGCUUUCUUUCCACCUCCAGCCUGCUGGGGGCGGCACUCAGGCAGCCAGACACGCACCCCACCCUCACAGAGAAUGGGGGAAGCAGUUCGGACGAUGAUGUCAUCGAGGUGACCGGACAGUGAUGUGCUGUGAUUGGCUACAUAUUUCCAGCAUUGAUUGAAUGAAUGGAGAAUUCUGAUUGGUCCAUAUUGAAACUCUGUGGAUUUGAAUGCUGAUAAACAGCAGACGAGGCCGUACCGGGUCAAGUGGGUUUGUUUUCUGCAGUAAGGGACCAGAACACGGGCUUCCACGCCGGGAUGAGCCGCAAAAGGAUCAGAGUCCAGUGUAAUUGUCUGUAUGGGCAGGUUGCAUCUGUUAAAAGGUAAAUUUAGAGAUAUUUAGCCGUUUGAUAGAACUUGUAGCAUCACUUGGAUUGAGGAAAAAAAACAUUACGUGAUCUGUUUGUUUUUUAUUUAUGAUCCUGUAAGUACUUUUGUAAGGGGUGGGCCUGCUGUGUACUCGGAAGUGAGGUACAACCAUUUACAACUGCAAAAAGGAAACGAUGGAGGGGGUCUAACAAUAGAUAACAAACAAAAGCCAUUUUUUUGCUUUAUGUUAAGUUCAGUAUUUUAAUAGAGGAGACAAAAAAACAUGAAAACUCAAAGAAUGUAAUUUCAUGUUAGCCUUCGGAGCCUUGAGGUGGAGGGAGACGCCGCUGGGGUGUAGUUUAAUCGUUAUUAGCCUUAUCUGACAUGUGGUUUGUUAUUUACUCUUGUAGCAGAUGAAACUUUUUUUUUUUUUCUUCCUGUUCCCUAGAAAAAAAAUUACGCCCAGCCAGAAAAUUGUGUAGACUGUUAAAGCCCCCCAGGCCCCGCCCCCAAAUCUUUGUCUGGAUUUAUUCGGAUUCGGAAAUACUUGGUUCAUGUAGGAUGUGUGCAUAGUUACUAGUACCAUCCAUCCGUGUUUGGACUACAAAUAUGACCAAAGUGUGAUUUCGAUAUCGAUGUGGAAUGUUCCAAGUAUUCGUGUUCAUGCUGACCCUUCUGUCCGUGCCGUCUGAUUGACGGGUCCCUCAGCCAAUCACUGUUCAUUCUCAGUGCCUGUCGGUGCACUUCCCUCGAACCCCUCCUACCACUGCUGUGUUAUUGGCCGAUGCCCAUGUCAGUUUGUUUUUUUAAUCGGGCGAUAUCUGUUCGUUAUUUGAUACGACUCUAAUUUUCUUUUCUUUAAUAUAGCGAUUUUUGUAUCUUUUUCGUUACGUCUUUUCAGUGGAAGCAUAACUGUUUUCUCUCUGAUGUAUUAUUGUUUUACCAGAUUUAUUUAUUUAUGACGGUUGAUUAUUUUGCAAUUUUUUUUUAUUUUUGUACAUUUUGUCUUCAUUUUUUUUUUUUUUUUUUUAAACGGAAAAAACAGACAACUCGCCCCCGUUCGUUUCCGCCUGUGAUGUCGUACGGUCGAGGUUUUUGUUUUGUGCGUUUGUUUUUCUGGCGAGUUGAAGACCGGUAUCUGUGACCGAUCCCAGGAGAGAACACGCACACACUGUACAGGUAGAAAUCGACUCAUCAGCUCUUGUAUUUAGCCCACAGAGGAGGAUUUAAAAUGACAUUGUAUUUAUUUAAUGUUGUUUUAACAGAAAAUAAAUUCAACUUUUUCUUGCUGUACAUAAAA